UUAAGGUAUGGACCUGAUUGGGAGAAACUUCGAAAAUCUGUUGAACAACCACUGCAGAAAGUUGUGAGUCAGCAGUUUGACAAAAUUGUUGCAAUCUCUGAAGAAUUUACAGAGAGGAUUCUGACAAUUCGUAAUAAGCAAGAGGAGGUGCCGAAUUAUUUUAAAAAUGAAAUAUACAAAUGGUGCUUGGAGUGUCUUUGUUCGGUAACAUUAAACAAAAAAUUGGGGUUUUUAGACCUUUGCGGAUUAAGCUCCACAUCAGAUCCAGGUAGACUCUUAGAUGGGUUGAUAGGUGCCACUAAAGCUAUUCGAAAGUGUGAAUAUGGGUUUCAUUUGUGGAAAUUUAUGGAAACACCAGCUUGGAAAGCUUUAGUAAGAAAUUGUGGCAUAAUAGAUGGCGUAUUAGAUAAACACAUUCAGAGAGCGAUGAGCAACUUAAGAGAAAGAAAGGACAAACGUUCUAAUUUAGAUAAUAAUAUUUCACUUUUGGAAGUUCUUCUAUUGAAAGAAGAAGUUGCCGCUGAAGAUGUAAUGACUGUCUUACUAGACAUGUUUCUAAUAGGAAUAAAUGCUACUGCUCACACAGUUGCUUUUAUUUUCUAUCAUUUGGCAAGAAAUCCCCGUUGUCAAAUCAAGCUAUAUGAAGAAAUCAGGCAAUUUGAAGGAAACUUAAAUAAGGAGGACGUGAAUAAAAUGAAAUAUCUUAAUGCAUGCAUAAAGGAAACUUUACGUCUUGAUCCACCAAUACCGAUUCUAAGCAGACACCUAAACAAUGAUAUUGUAAUUAAUCAUUAUCUUAUUCCCAAAGGUACUCAUAUUUUAUUUGCUACCCAUCUUAACAGUAUGAGAGAAGAAUAUUUUGAAGAUGCUCUUAAAUUUAAGCCUGAGCGUUGGCUAGCUAAUGAACUGGGUGGCUUCGGAAAUGAUUUUCAAGUUUUUGCGUCAAUGCCAUUUGGGCAUGGACCCAAAGCAUGUUUAGCGAAGGAAUUGGUAGAGUUGGAAAUAGCUUUACUACUAGCUAAAGUAUUUCAAAAAUUUAAAAUCGAGUAUAACUAUGGGGAUAUGCAGAGUUCUAAUGAAUUGCUUGCUUCGCCUACAAAACCUCUCAAAUUUAGAUUCAUACAUCGCAUUUAAAUGUCCAUUGUUAAAAUAAAAUUAUAGAAUUUUUAUAAGUUGUUAAUAAAGUUAAGAUAUUCAUUCUAUUUAA